UUGGAAAAGUGGCAGCUUUUAUGUACACUAUAGAAUUCCAAAAACGAGGUCUCCCACAUGCUCAUUUCCUUAUCAUACUUGCUGAUGAAUACAAAUUAUUAACACCUGAAGCUUAUGAUAAAGUUAUUUGUGCUGAAAUACCAAACCCUGACACAAAUCAUUAUUUACAUUCAUUGGUUAUUAAGCAUAUGAUGCAUGGACCUUGCGGAAGUUUAAAUCCUAAAAGUCCAUGCAUGAUAAAGACGGGACACUGUAAAUUUAAAUAUCCCAAAAGUUAUGCCCCUGAAACAUGUAAAGGUAAGAAUUCCUACCCAAUUUACAGAAGGCAAGAUACCGGAAUUUUUUCAAGGUUAGAACUCAAUAUCUCGACAAUUCAUGGGUUGUUCCUUACAAUCCAUAUCUAUUAAGCAAGUUCAAUUGUCACAUAAAUGUUGAAAUUUGCUCGGAUGUUAAAGUUGUCAAAUAUAUCUAUAAAUACAUUUGUAAGGGGCAUGAUAAAAUUGCUUUCCAUGUACAUAGUAAUGAUUCUGAUGUAGAAAUAGACGAAAUAAGAGACUAUCGAUCAGCUAGAUGGGUUUCACCGCCAGAAGCUAUGUGGCGUUUGUUCGCCUUUCCUAUUAGUGAAAUGAAUCCAGCGGUCUACCAUCUUCAGCUUCAUCUUAAGGAACAACAAUAUGUUUCCUUUAAGACAACUGCAACUCUAAACUCAGUCUUAAAUAAUCCUACAACUGCAAAAACAAUGUUAACAGAAUUCUUUUCAAUGAAUGCAACAAAUGCGGUUGCAAAUGAACUUAACUUACUAUACAAAGAAUUCCCCCAAUACUUUGUCUGGUCAACAACCGAUAGAAUGUGGACACGAAGAAUACAAGGCAAUGUUAUUGGUCGUAUUGUCACUUGUCAUCCAACAGAAGGAGAAAGAUACUAUCUUCGACUAUUGUUGAUGAACAUAAGAGGACCAAAAUCCUACGAAGAUCUUAGAACUGUUAAUGGAAGAUGUUGUAGCACAUUCCGAGAAGCUGCUGGAAAAAGAGGCUUGCUAGCUUGUGACAACAACUUAAUUGAAUGUAUGUCAGAAGCUACUAAUUACCAAAUGCCAUACAGUUUGAGACGUUUAUUUGCAACACUAUUAGUUUAUUGUAACCCUGCUAAUCCGAAAGGAUUAUGGGAAAGAUUUGAAUCUUCUAUGUCUGAAGAUUUUACAACUACACCAAACAUACAAACAAACAACAUUCGUUAUUUAGUGCUAAAUCAGAUUAACGAUUUUUUACAUUCAAUGGGACGUGAUAUUAAUGAAUUUAAACUUAUAUCAGAAAAAAUCUCACCUUCCACCUCUUUUACUGGAAUUCAAGAGGCUAGAGACAUCCACUUGGAAAGAAACAUAGUUGUGACUGAGGAGGAUUUAUUGCUAUACAAAAAAUUGAAUAAAGAGCAACAAACAGCAUAUCAUGCAAUCCUUAAUAGGAUAUUUUCGAAUGGAAUAGGCGCUUUUUUUAUUGAUGGUCCUGGAGGAACUGGAAAAACCUUUUUAUAUCGUGCUUUACUAGCUACUGUACGAUCUAAAGGAUUUAUAGCAUUAGCAACAGCAACUUCUGGUGUUGCAGCUUCCGUCCUCCCAGGAGGACGAACUGCUCACUCACGUUUUAAACUUCCUAUUGACACAAAUAAAAGUCAUAGCUGUAAUAUUAGUAAACAAAGUUCACUUGCAUCUUUAAUUCGAGAUGCAAAGCUAAUAGUAUGGGACGAAGUAUCUAUGGCAAAAAAAAAGCUUGUUGAGACUUUUGACUUACUUUUGAGAGAUAUUAUGGACUCGAAUACACUCUUUGGUGGAAAGGUAGUUGUUUUCGGUGGUGACUUUAGACAAACUUUGCCAGUUGUACAGAGCGGGAAAAGAGAGGACUUUAUUCAUGAAUGUCUAUUAAACUCAAACAUCUGGGAUCUUCUAGAAAAAUACCGACUGUCAAAAAAUAUGCGUGCCAGAAUUGAUCCUACAUUCUGUGAGUAUUUACUGAGAAUUGGAGAUGGCAGGGAAAAGGUUAAUGAACAUAAUAAAAUUGAAAUUCCAGAAUCUUUUCUCAUUCCAUUUACAAACGAAAAAGAAUCAUUGAACAUCUUGUUCAAAACUAUUCAUCCCAAUGUAAACACACUCAUCCACGAUACAUCCUCUGUGACAUCUCGCGUUAUUCUAACAACCAAAAAUGAUUUUGUAGAUGAAAUUAAUCAAAUGUUCAUAGAUCAAUUUCCAAACACUAUUGUGACAUUUAUCGGAAUUGACGAAACUGUAGAGCCAAAAGAUCAAAGCCAAUAUGAAGAUUUUUUGCAUACUUUAAAUCCUUCUGGUUUACCUCCAUAUAAGUUAGUUCUAAAACAAAAUUGCCCUGUUAUCCUACUGCGCAAUUUGAACCCUUCUGAAGGUUUAUGUAACGGCACCCGCCUAAUUUGUACUAAUUUCAAAACUCACGUUAUUAGUGCCAAAAUUGCAAGCGGCGACUUUAAAGGCAAACAUGUUUUUAUUCCUCGCAUACCAUUACUAUCAUCACAAGAUGAAAAAUUACCUAUUCCAUUUAAAAGAACACAAUUUCCGAUUAGACUGUGUUUUGCUAUGACUAUAAAUAAAGCUCAAGGUCAAACAUUAGACUUUGUUGGAAUUUAUUUACGUGAACCUGUAUUUUCACACGGUCAACUUUACGUUGCUUUGUCACGAGCAAAAAGUUCCGAUUGUGUAAAGCUGUUAAUUCGCCCCGCAACAACAGACAACCUCGAUGAUCAUUCUACUUACAAUAUAGUAUAUAGUGAAAUUAUCAAAAAAGCUUUCUCUUAAACUGUUUGAUUGACUAUAUAUAUAAUAACAGCUUAAGAAUCUCUUCAGCAAAAAAUGGCACAAAAACUGGGUAUACAUGUGAUAACUCCAGACACAGCUGACUGGACUUGUAAGAUACAAGUUGUAGAUAUAUGUGGACCAGGUGAAAGUAAUGUAAAAAAGAUAAAAUAUCUGAACAUGAUUGUUCAAGAUGAGCAGG